AUGUUCCGAGCCUCAGCAGCAGGCCCCUACGAUGAUAUCGUCAUCAAGGCUACAGACGAGAACCUCACAUCCGAGGACUGGGGCGCCAUUAUCGAGGUCUGCGACAAAGUAAGCAACGAUCCAAAUGGCCCUAAGGAGGCUGUUCAGAGCAUCAUCAGGCGUCUUGCGCACCGCAACGCCAAUGUCCAACUCUACACUCUCGAGCUUGCACAUGCGCUUGCUCAAAACUGCGGAAAGAACAUGCAUCGCGAACUCUCCAGUCGAGCCUUCACAGACGCCCUUCUUCGCCUCACCAACGACCGUAACACCCAUACACAAGUCAAGUCAAAGAUCAUUGAGCACAUGAAGAGCUGGUCCGAUAUGUUUAGUAACGAUCCUGAGCUGGGUAUCAUGAGCGAUUCAUACAACCGAGCUACACGAAGCAACCCGAACCUUCAGCCACCAAGCGCCCCUCAAAAACAGGGCCUCACCGACGUCGAUCGCCAGAAAGAGGAGGAAGAAUUGCAAAUGGCGCUCACACUUAGUCUUCAAGAGGAGGAACGCAAGAAGGCUGCUGCUAGUAGUCCAGGAGUUCAAGCUGGCCCCAGUGACCAGACAGAAAGUCCUGCUCCUGCAGCUCAAGCCGGUACCACAGCCGCUACAGUGAGCCGAGUGCGCGCUCUCUUCGACUUUGCGCCUUCUGAGCCUGGCGAGCUUGAAUUCAAGAAGGGCGACGUAAUUGCUGUUCUUGAAAGUGUCUACAAGGACUGGUGGCGAGGAUCUCUCAGAGGAAAGACUGGUAUCUUUCCGCUCAACUAUGUUGAGAAGCUCGCCGACCCCACGGCGGAUGAGUUGCAGCGUGAAGCUCAGAUGGAGGCCGAGGUGUUUGCCGAGAUCAAGAAUGUUGAAAAGCUUCUUACAUUGCUCAGCACUUCCAACACAGCACCCCGAGAGGAGGAUAACGAGGAGAUUUCUAAGCUAUACCACCAGACGCUCGCUAUCCGACCCAAGCUGAUCAAGUUAAUUGAGAAGUACUCUCAGAAGAAAGACGACUUCACACAGUUGAACGAAAAGUUCAUCAAGGCCCGAAGGGAUUACGAGGCCUUGUUGGAGUCUUCCAUGGCCCAUCCUCCCCAGCACAACUAUCAGCAGUAUGCUAUGCGACCGGCUCCUGGUCAGGGUUAUCCUCAAGCUGGCGGAUAUCCCCCUCAAGGAGUACCCCCUCAGGAUCCAUCACGGUAUUACACACCUGGACCCGGAGAACAACCUCCGUACCAAGCCUCUUCCCCUCCCCCUAACUUCCAGAACCAAGCCCCGGGACAGGCAGCUCCUUUCUAUGUAGCAGGAGCUGAGGUGCCUGCUGGCUCGCAACCCUACCCCCCUAGAAAUGAGUCUCCUUCCAAUGGCAAACAGCCAGCCCCUAUCAACACCUCGACACCCGGUCCGAACUUCAAUCCUUACAAUCAAUCUCAGAGCAACAAUCCUUAUGCGCAAGGACCUAUGGGAGGCCGACCAGGAAGCACAUACGGAGCCCAAGAGCUGGCCACUUCUGUUUACGAUUCACCUAUUGCAACCAACAACCCACAACCGCUUAAUACAUCGGCUACGUUUUCCAGUUCAGUCUAUUCUCCAGAGGACGAGAAUGCAAGUGCACCACCUGCUGGUCCCUACGGUGGCCAUCAACAACCUCAGCAAUAUCAGAGCUACAAUCCUUCCCAAGCGCCUCCUAUGCCAACAGGCUCGGCCCCUCCUCCUCCUCAAAGCGUCAUGACCCCUCCGCCUCUGCAACCUGGAAAUGCUGCCGGAUAUGCUGGACAGAGCCAGUACAAGCCGUAUGUACCGCCUGGCGAUGGCCCCUCUGCUCCAGCACCAGACAGCUACUAUCAAAAUGGCGGGGCUUAUUAG